CUAUACCGCAGUUUGGAAUAAUGGCCUAUCACCGUGGUCCGCAAGCAUCGCUGGACUUGACGCACGUUCUUUGUAGGGCUUCUUCUCCUGUGUGAACCGCUGAUGCGAAUACGUCCUUGUAGACGAUGAUUCUUCUCUAUUAUCUCUUGGGCUCGCUCUAGUGACACUGAGCCCUAUUCUUCUCAUGCCAGCGUAUGCGUCAUUGGCCGUACAAACUCGAGAGUACGUCGUCAUAGUGAUGUGGGCGGGGCAGUUCGCCUGUGAGGCCUUGAGCUGGUUGAUUAAACGGGCUGUAAAAGAGAACAGACCUGCAGGCUCUGUCGGUGUGUGCUGUGAGAAUCGGUUUCAUGCGCACGUUCACAUAUUUCAGCGUAUAGGUAAUGGAUAUGGAUUUCCAUCCUCUCAUAGUCAAUACAUGGGCUACUUCGCAACGUUUCUGAUUUGCCAUCUCUAUUUCCAACACAAAUUCGGGACAACUGGUUAUACCCUACUUGAUUUUACAUGGCGCGUCCUGGUCUACUUUGCAAUUUGUAGUUGGGCUCUUCUUGUCGCGUAUUCCAGGUAUGCUCUCGGAUACCAUAACGCACAUCAAAUUUUGUGGGGUUUCGGCAUUGGCGUCUUUUUUGCCAUCAUGCUCUUUGUUGCUUCUCAAAUACUUCCGCGGCGGCAACCUUCUUCAAUAUUCGGCAAGCUCAAAAUAUUCCUAUUAGCGAACCCCGUAUCCACUUGGUUUCAGAUACGCGACGGCUGGGAUGUAUGGGCAGAUGGGGGUCGCGAGCACGAAUGGCUUCGAUGGAGAAAAGAAUGGGACUCCAAACGAAGGCGACAUGAUAAAAAGCAAUCGUAACUGCGUUUCCAUGUACGACAUCAGUACAUGUGGAAUCCAAUUUUUCACCUACGGCCUGAUCAACACAAGUUAGCUCAGUCACUCGAACUUUUUAUUCAUUUUCUUAGGAGUAUACGUUAUGUAAAACCUUCGUCGACAGUGAUCUCGACCCUUCUUGACAGUAUCUGUCUGUCAAAGGAAGGUAUGGUGAAAUUUUUCAAACGUUGAUCUUCAGGGGUAAUGUAG